ACACUUGGUCCUAAUAAUACUAAAUGACACCAUUACUACCCUUUACUAUUUCUCUAUAAAUAUAUCCAAGAGUUAUGGCUUAAGAGAAAACAAAACCAUUUUCCAACCAAUAAUAAUCUUAAUAUCAUCUCCAAAUUAACAAAAUGUUGCCGCCAACCACCGCCGAAAUCCCUAUCACCGGAGCAAGACUCUCCAGCGUCGUCCCCGGCACAGUUCGAGGAGAAAACAAAGAUCGAGAGUUAACAAACAUGGAUUUGGCUCUCAAGUUUCAUUACAUCAAAGGCCUUUACUUCUUCUACAAUAAUAACACUACUCAAAAUAUAAUAACCAUUGAAGAGCUUAAAAAGCCCAUGUUUGAACUUCUCGAUCGAUUCUUCCCUGUAGCGGGAAGAAUCCGGAGAUCAGAAGCCGAUAAUCCGUACAUCAAGUGCAACGAUGCCGGUGUACGGAUUAUCGAAGCUUACUGUGAGGAGUUUACGGUGGAAGAGUGCUUGGAUAUGGUGGAAAUGGGUUGUUCGUUUCAUGAUCGUCUUUGUUAUAAUCAUGUUCUGGGACCUGAUCUUGGUUUUUCACCUCUGGUUCUUCUCCAGGUGACUUGGUUCAAAUGCGGAGGAGUAUCCGUGGGCCUUAGCUGGGCCCAUAUACUUGGUGAUAUAGCAUCGGCUUCAACGUUCAUGAACACAUGGGCCCACAUAAUGUCUGGUCACGUGCCUAAAGAGUCCAUCCACAUCACAAGCCCAAUACGACCAUAUAAUUUCUCAAAUGUUAUUGCAACGAAACCAUUUUCAGUGAAGGAGUUGAAUCCACCAGUGGAAAAUAAUUGGUCAUUACCUACCAAUAAUAAUGGUCAAAAUAUGAGAACUCGUUGCUUUAAGGUCAGUGCCAAACAACUCAACCUUCUAAUGUCAAACACUUGUGGUAAGAAAGCAACCAACUUUUCUAGGUUUGAGAUAAUCUCUAGUGUGAUAUGGAAAUCUUUAUCCCAAUUAAGGAAAAACUCAUUAUCUUCAAAAGUGGUCACAAUUUGUUGGUACCAAAAUCCAAGUGGGGAUAGUAAUGACCAGCUUAUUCCAAAUAAUAAGAGUAUGGUUUUAAGCACUGUUGAAAGAGACUCUGAAGUUAAUAAUGUGUCAGAAUUAGCAUUUUUGAUCUCAGAGAGAAAGAUUGUGGAAAAUGAAGCAAUUAAUAAUGAAGAAAUGAUUGGGAAAAUGGAUUUUUUGGUGUAUGGAGCAAAUCUCACGUUUGUGAAUUUGGAAGAUGUGGAAAUUUAUGAGUUUGAAAUGAAAGGGAAAAGGCCUGUUUUUGCAAAUUUUAGUAUUGAAGGGGUUGGUAAAGAAGGGCUUGUUUUGGUCCAAACUAAAGGCCCAAAAAAUGGGAAUAAAGAAGAUGAUAUAAAUGGAAGAAUUGUGACUGUGGUAUUGCCUGAAGAUGAGCUUGCACAUCUUGAAAAUGAGCUCAAAACUAAAUGGAAUAUUGCUUAGUCUUUAUUGAUUUAUUUACAAGAAUAACAUAAAAUUGAUUUGUAUGUGAGCCUAGCUAGCUAGCUAAGUCAUUAUGUAUGGAUAUGGAGUGUUUUGUUUGUGAGACUACUCAAUCUAUGCUCAAACAAGUAGUGGAGUGUUUUGUUUGUGAGACUACUCAAUCUAUGCUCAAACAAGUAGUAUUAAUAAAUUUCAAUUUCAUGGUA